AUGAGAACACUACUGCAGACUACUGGGCUCCCAUGGAUAGAUGAACAACAUCGCCGAUAUUUGGUCACUUGCCAUGAGGGCUACAUCAUCGGGAUUUUGAUCCUCACUCCCAUUCACGGGCCCCACCAACCCCCUGCCUCCGAGGUAUCAUCUGCACCUGCCCCAGCACCAGUUCCAACCACAUCGCCGCUCAAGCAGAAACACAAAUUUUUCCUUCCCCACAAGUCAUCUCCAGAGACAUCUCCAGAGACAUCUUCUGAGCGACGAUCUUCACAAUCCACCUCUGAAUUGAGUCCCAUUCAAUCACCCAUAUUCCCUUCCCAUAGUCUCUCCUCAUCUUCCUCCUCCCUCAACCCCAAUUUCUCUCUUCACAUGUUGUCCAAGUCCGCUCCCUCCUCGCUAAUAACACUGGGAACGCCCUACUAA